UGGAUGCCUCCUGGAGCUUCCUCUUCUUGUUCCCUCCAGCACCUGGUCAGCCACCAUGGAAAACGGGAGCAAGCUGGAUAACUCUAACAAUGUGUCGCUGGUGCACGGGGCCACCGUCCUGGGCUCGAUCGAGUACAGGACAGUCUCGGUCUUCCUGGUGCUCCUGGUAUGCACGGUGGGCAUCGUGGGCAAUGCCAUGGUGGUCCUGGUGGUGCCCACCAAUUGCUACCUAGUCAGCCUGGCACUGGCUGACCUCAUUGUGCUGGUGGCCGCGGGGCUGCCCAAUGUCUCCGACAGCUUGGCUGGGCAGUGGGUCUACGGGCAUGCCGGCUGCCUGGGUAUCACCUACUUGCAGUAUCUGGGCAUCAAUGUUUCCUCCUGCUCCAUCCUGGCAUUCACCCCGCGCAGGUACAUCACCAUAUGCCAUCCGAUGUGGGCACAGACUGUGUGCACCGUGGCCCGGGCCAAGCGAAUCAUUGCGGGCGUCUGGGGGAGCAUGUCAGUCUACUGCCUGCUCUGGCUCUUCCUGGUGGACCUCAACGUCAGCGAGAGCCAGGGCCUGGAGUGUGGCUACAAGGUGUCCCAUAGCCUCUACCUGCCCAUCUACCUGCUGGACUUCACUGUCUUCUUCAUCAUGCCUGUGCUGGUGACCACUGUCCUCUAUGUGCUCAUUGGGACACUCUUGUUCCGGAGCUCCAGGGCCCACCUGACCCACCAUGGGGGCAGCGAGGCCUGGCCGGAGUCAGGAACCAAGGAGGGAGAUCCCCAUGGGCCAGGUGGGGGCAAGGUGGGCAGCUACCCCAGGCCCAAAAGCUUCCCGUCUUCCAGGAAGCAGGUCACCAAGAUGCUGGUGGUGGUUGUGCUGCUCUUUGCUGUCCUAUGGAUGCCCUACCGCACGCUGGUGCUGCUCAACUCCUUUGUGGCCCAGCCUUUCCUGGACCCCUGGGUCCUUCUCUUCUGCCGCACCUGUGUCUAUACAAACAGUGCCAUCAACCCCGUCAUCUACAGCCUCAUGUCCCAGAAGUUCCGGGUGGCCUUCAGGCAGCUGUGCAGGUGCGGGGCAGAGGGGCCCCAGAGGCACGCAGCCUGCCUCAGCACCACCAGCUAUGACGUGGUCCGAGAGACGCCUCAGGAGACGCAACCCGCAGGAGCGAGGUCACCGGCCCCCACCCCAGCCACAGGAGCCAUUUUUCAGUACGGUCUGAGGGGUGUCCUGCUGCUGCCCAGCCCCUCCCUGCCUCCCUCCCUCCGUCUCCACUCCCUCCGUCUGCUUACUGCUAGGUCCUGCCGGUGUCUGCCCUGCCCACUGUGGCUGGCAGGGCCAGAAGAGGGGCACACAUCCCUGUUGCCAAUGACUUUUCGCUCUGGGUCCCCAGUGGCUUCCUUCAUAAUCUAGGACAUUAAAGUAUCGUGGGUCAGGUGGUUGAGGUUCAAGUGUGAUGCUGUCACCUCCUCCGGAAGUGGGAGAGGUGAGAAACAGGAAGAAGAAGCUGCAAGGACCCCAGCCUUCAUCCGUGUAAAAUUAUGAACGUCCAUCAUUAUUUUAAACAUUUUUUUUUCCCAGGGGAAAAGUCCUGGUGGGUAUUAAAGGAAUGUACUUCCAGCCUUUGAUAAUAUCCAUCCAUCAGUCAAGCUGUGGACAGUACUACCUGGUGCCACAUCAAAAGGGUACCCAGCUUCUACUGGCUGACACCCAGAGACACAUCAUGCUGCCUCAUCAUUGGCCACUUGGCUGCUCAUGUGUGCUAAGAAUGACCUAGUACAUAGGACUCCUGCUUCUCUCCUUUUUGGGUUCUGUCCUUGGUCCCGAAUCCCUGAGUGGGACUGUGUCUGGGUUACAAAUGGGGUAGAGCGCUUGACUUAACCAGAAACAGGAAGUCAUGUCUGAGCUCCCUGGCUCCCAAACUUUGGCACAAGCUCAGGCUCACGGGGCCCACGCUGACCUUCAGGCAUAGCCACCUAUUCCCUGCUGGGUGACCUGAUCCCAGAGCUCCUGACCCCAGAGCUAGACAUGACAAAAGCAUGGGUCCCCAGACCCCAUCCCUAUUCCUCUCGAGAUUAUUUUCCUCUUGGGCCCCUGCAAUGGUCAUUACAAGCAGAUUUUUCGGUGGAGACCUGUUUGGGAGUGGGUCUGAGUUUUCCAGAGGUGGCCCGAGUGCAACCUUGGCAGCAGGGCACCUGUGUAGGGUGGAAGGAGGCGAGAAUGAAGGUGAGCAGGGGCAGAAAGUCAUCCUGGAAGCUGGGGCCGCCCAGCUGUGAUUCUAUAGGGGCUGAGGGAUGGACAGGGGAGGCUGAGAAGAUUCGGGGCCUUGCUGGAGGAAGGGCACCCUCCCUGUGACGUCGUGGCUGAGUGCAGUGGACAAAGGCAUCUCCUUCGGGCCCUGAUGGUGUGUUCGUGUUGAGGUCCGGUCAUUGGCAUUGAGAGGCCAGUCCAACGUCAGUCUUGCCGUCUGAACGGUUCCUUUACUAUUCAUCCAGCGGGAGGUUAACUGUUUUACUGUCCCUUAUCCAGGACAUAGAGGGAAAUCAGGAAGUCAGUGGAUGUGUGCAUCCCCUACUCCCCUGCAAAUGAAACAAGAAAACUUACUAAGUGCCGCUGGAGCUCACUGCCUCCGCUUCUGCUCUCCAGCGAGCAUGUGUGGCCUCAACCUGGGGCUGAACUGAAGCCUCAGGGUAAAUGCCCUGUGUGGUGUGGCAAAGGGGACAGGGCCCGGUGCUGGCACAGGCAGAUCUGCGAAUCCUGGCGGGGUCUCCAUGUCCUCCUGCCAGAGACAGUCGUGAGGAUGGAGGAAAAGACGUGGGGCUGUGUGCUUUCUGGUACAGAGUUGGAGCUUAAGCUGCAGAGUGCUGCCUUUGGACAUGGCUGAAGCGCUGCUGUGUGUGGUCCCCUCUGAGCUUUCUUGGACUUUACCUGAGCCUGUGCUCCCAGAAGACAGGCAUAGGGAAGAAGCCCCCACAACCCUUUUCUUUUCCAAAUAUCCUGGGAGACUGCCUACUGCAAAGAACCCCUUCCCCAAAUGACUGAGCUGACUCCAGUCUCAGAUUACCCGCUGCGUUACCCGUGACCAGACCAGACCCCCACCCUCUAGCUCCCAGCUCUUUGACUCAUAGUUGAUUAGCUGAGAUUAGAGCUGUUUGUCCCCGAAACUAGCUAGAUGCAGAGAAAAACAUUUCCCACUUUGCUGACCCUGACCCCCCCAUUGCAAAACAAGUCUACUUGUAGACCACCCACCU